AAAGAUUCGAAGCUUCCUGGAAUCAGAGAAUCGACUCUUUUUUUUUAACAGCCUUCUUGGCUAGUUACUUUUGUGGAUCUCCCGUUACUGGAUGAGUCAUUUCAAGCCGAAGCUCUGAAGCUGAGACCUGGUCAGAGAUUUAAGACGUUGUAAAGUUGAGUAAAAGGGACGUAGCUAGCUAGCUAGCUAACUAACUAGCUAACUAGCUAGCCUGUUUAUCUGUUGCGACACUGUUAGCUAAGUUAGUAUUGCUAACUGACCGUGUUUUGUUUGUCUAGCUAUCUAACAACAGUCGUGUUGUUUACUUCGGAUUUAUUCGUUUUAAAGAAAAAUUCUGUCCAAACAAACAAGGGAAGCGUUUUUAUUGUUAUUAUUAAAUAUUAGCCUUAACAAUCCAGCUGAAUAUCUGUCUUUAAAGAUAAAAACAAAUAGGAAUUUUAGUGAAAGAGAGAGAGAGAAACAGCAGCACAUUUGGUUCCGAGUGUGUGGAGAAAUGUCAGGGCUGUCUUUAAAAACUCAGCAGAAGGGGGACGAAAAGGACAACCCGGUUGUACAGAAGACUAACAGACAGGUAGAGCUACCUGGAGAACAACCUCAGACUGUCUUCGUCAUCCUCGAUUCAUCUGAAUCUUACAAUCUGCUCAGAGUGGAACCACUUUUACCCGAAUCAGGAAUCGUCGCUGACAUCGAGGUGGACAACAUCCUCACGUCCGAUUUGGACACCUUUUAUCAGCUCAAGAGUCAGCCCAUUACAGUCAGUGGCACAGUUGCUCCCGCCGCUCCUGCUGUGACCCUGAGCACAUCCGCCAUGUCCUCCCGGGUGUUGAUGAGGCAGGAGCUGAUGAGGCAGCAGGCGCAGGACCAGGAGAGGAGAGAAGCCCAGCAGCAGGCGUCCAGCGCUCAGCUUCGGCCCAUGGACUCGACUCCCGCCAUCUCCGUCUCCUCCUCUUUGCCCAACACUCGCCCCACGACCACGCAGGUCCCUGUGGAGAUUCUGAAGGUUCAGACUCACUUGGAAAACCCGACUAAGUAUCACAUCCAGCAAGCUCAGAGGCAGCAGGUGAAGCAAUACCUCUCCCACACUCUAGGCAACAGAGUGGCCAGUCAGCUGGCCAUUUCGCCAUCGCCCCAGUCAGGCUCCGCCCCCGAGCUGGCGCCGGCCGCCAGCAGCACUCCCAGCAGCCCCCUGGCUGUUCUGAGCCUCAGCUCCAAUAAAGAGGAGAUCGAUGGCGUAAUCGAUGACAUCAUCAGCCUGGAGUCCAGUUUGAACGACGAGUUCAUGACGCUGAUCGACACCGGGCUGCAGCUGCCCAACACGGUAUGUCCCAGCUUGCUGCCAGUCUCAGGAAAUCUCCUGGAUGUGUACAGCAGUGCCGGGAUGACCACGCCCACCAUUACCGUCAGCAACUCCUGUCCCGCAAACCUGCAGAACGUCAAGACAGAGCUGACAGGAGCUGAGGAUUCUGGAGCAUGUGAGAAAAUCUUAUUCUAUGCCGAGGCUAAAGCUCUCAUCAAGGAACGGCAGAAAAAAGACAACCACAACCUCAUCGAGAGGAGGCGGAGAUUCAACAUCAAUGACCGCAUUAAGGAACUGGGAGAGCUGGUGCCCAAAUCCAGUGACCCGUCAGUAUCAAUCCCACUUGGCUCCUACCGGCAUGACGAGAUGCGCUGGAACAAAGGCACCAUCCUGAAGGCGUCUGUGGAUUACAUCCGUAAGCUCCAGAAGGAGCAGCAGAGAGCUAAAGAGAUGGAGCAGAGGCAGAAGAAGCUGGAGCACGCCAACCGCACGCUGCUGCUCCGUAUACAGGAGUUGGAGAUGCAGGCUCGUCUCCACGGCCUCGCUCCCUCUCACCAUACAGACUCCAUCAUCAACCAGCAGCAACAUCAGCAGCAGCAGCAGCUCACGUCAGUGCAGUCCAGCGCUGAGCCGGUCUCCAAAACACUUCUCACUCUGGGCGGCCCCACAUUAAACCACACCCACGUCUCCUCCUUACUCUCCCCUCCUCCUUCUGCCUCUCCAGUGGGCGGAGCCAUGACCAUCCCACUGGACCUGGGAACUCUGUCGUUCGGCGAGCUGGAUGACCACGCCUCCUCCGUGUUCAGCUCCGGUCUGAUGGCAGGAGAUAUGGGCCUGAGCGAUAUUCUGAUGGACGACGGCGGCGCCGACCCCCUGCUGUCCUCCGUCUCGCCGGGAGCGUCCAAGACCAGCAGCCGCAGGAGCAGCUUCAGCAUGGAGGAGGAUUUGUGAUGGAUUUAACACUGAGCUAAGGCCUAACGUCUCCAUCCCUGCUUGUGCGUUUGUGCACACAAAACUGGCCAAUCGAGGUCGACCCGUCAUCGUAAUCGUAGUACUGUUAAAAAAUAUAUAUAUAAAAAUAAAACAAAAAAAGAUCACCAUGCAGCAUGGCUCUUGACUCCUGCGCUGACGAAGAGACGCACCUGACAAGUUUUACCUCGGCGGUUUAGGGGUACCGGAGUUUACAAAGGAUCGUAGGAGCGGAGUUUAGUGGCGAAGAAGACGACGGCGGUGACGCUAGCAAACCUGUGUAGAUUUUAAAAGGAUUCUAAGCAGCUGACAAGAUUUUAUGUCUCUUUAUUGUUCUGUGUUAGAAGCAGGAGUUUUAUUUUGUACAUCUGUGCUCACUGACCGACCGACCAACCAAACACUUACAUGAUUUAUUAUUACGUUUUUAUUAUUAUUAUUAUUAUUAUUAUUAUUAUUAUUAUUAUUAUUAUUAUUAUUUUUAAAACAGCUUCACACCCAUCCUCCUUCCCCCAUCUGUUUUAGAAAACAAACUCAAUUCUUACGAGCCCAUUAUGCAGCCUGUGCGUCACGACGUGCAUCCAAAGAGCCGAUGACUUUAAAAGUCUCAGAUUUUCUGGACCGAUUAUAUAAAAUAUAUUCAGUGCUUCUUGUAUAGAGAUUUUAGUAACGAUUCGUUCAGAAUAAGUCGGUUGUAGGGAUACAUUUACAUUUACAUUUACAUUUACAUUUACAGCAUUUGGCAGACGCCCUUAUCCAGAGCGACGUACAUAAGUGCUUAAAUCUCUAACAUUGGAUACGGUGGAAGCUUUAUGUCGUCAGGAAGAUUUUAGAGCAGAGAUGUAAUCUUAUAUAAAAUGUCGACCUGCUCGCUGUAGUGAACCGAAGAGCAAAGAGUCGUUUAAGUAAAGCGUUUAAGCAACACUGUAUGAUGUAGAAACUAACACAUAAAGGCCGUUAGUCCAGAAAAUACGUCUUUUAAACGUAGUUUUUUGUGUUAUGUCGCCACGUCGGUGCGUGAACACGUUUUUUUUUUUUUUUUUCCGAAAGGGCUCGCGUUUAAACCUCCCUCAGGAAAACGAGCGGCUAAAAACAACGAGAUCGUGUCUACAUAUUAAAAUGACCCAAAUCACUGCUCCAACGCUCGACUGACCCAAUUCUGCUCUGCCAGUUUCUUUUAUCCAGGAUGAAAUCAUUGUUUUAGAUCAAUCAGGUCAAGAUAAAGUCUUCAUUAUUGGCCUAAUUAUGAUGAAGUAAAAAUGACAUUCCAGCAGAGAAGAGGGCAGUUUGACGUAUUUACACAUAUGUACAGCUUUGUGUUUUAUUAUUUGUUGUUCUAACAUCCUAUCAUUUUAAUCUCUUUUUACACAUUACUCUUUCUUUCUUUUUUUUUUUUUUUCUUUUUUUUACAUUUUUCUUUAAUAGAUGCACUUUAAUUACGCGUUGACUCUCAUCUCGUUUCCCACAUCAACACAAAAUUAAUAGCAUUAGACUGAACUGUCAAAUCUGCUGUGAAACAUUUUCUUAAAAAAAAAAUCAGCGUUGAUUUUUUUUUUUUGUUUGUUUUAUUAUUUUUUUUCCCUUUGUCCGUCUUCCUCAUUAUCGUCAUUACUUCACUCGAUGAUCAGAUGAUGAACGUUUUGCUAAAUCGGCAGUUCGGAGUUUAGCUGACGUUUCGGAACGAAUUAGCACGUGGUGUCGGUGAGCCGAUCUUCACCACAGACCGAUUGCCGACGUGAGUGAAAUACGAUUCAGGCUUCAGGACGACUUUUCUUUUAUUAUUAUUAUUUUAUUUUGUUGUUGCCAAACUUCACUCAGUUUCUGUAGCUCUUCCAGAACUCCAAACUGCCUUUGGAACUGCUAAUUAGAGGAAACGCUCUGCUUUGUUCUCGGUGUGAGUGUCAGAGAGCACAGAAAGCUUUUAGAAGAUUUGAAGUUUGACUUUACUCUUGAGGUUUGGUGGAAGUUUUAAACUCUUAAAAACAUGUUGUUGUUUUUUUUGUUUGUUUUUUUUAACGUAAUUGAGUGACUCUGGUGCUAAUUUGUUGGUCAGCAUCGUAUUCACGUUACUCCUGUCACAAACUGUUAGAAUUAAAAAUGAAAACGAUGUGUCGGCGCUAAAGAGCGAGAAGAUGGUGAGAGAGCUGGACAGACCGAACGAUUAAAGUGCCGCUGCAUCGCUCUGUUCAGGUAGAGAUGUCAAUUAAUGAAGUUUAAACUAAAAGAAAAAAAUAUGCAAGUUAAGUCCGGGGUGGAUUUCUGUCGGACUUGACGUGUUAUUAACGCUUCGUGUGUGCUAAUUGUUUAACGUAUAGCAAUGUACGCAAAAAAUCUCUCGAAAACUUCGCCAUAUCCUAACAAAUAAGUGCAGUAGCUUUUCCACUGGAUUGCGAUCGUAAACGGCUUGAAUGUGACAUGAAAAGUUGUCUAUUUUCAGAUAUUUACUCCGGUCUAGUUUUUAAAUCGUGUGUUGAAUAGUAAUUAGGACCACAGAAUAAUGGACGGAUUUAUUGUUGUGCUGGUUAAACAGACUGUUUUAUUUCCUCAACGGGAAAAUGUCAACGUCACAAAUGCCUUCCUCUUUAAAAAUGAAAAAUAAAUAAAUAAACAAACAAACAAACAAAACGUCGACGUGGGCGAACAACAGGAACGUUUCAGACGAAGCGAAAACGAUCACGUAUGCAUAAAUCCGAAGUCUAUGCAAACGUCUGCGGCUCGCGGCGCGUGAGAAGUCGCGCCGUGUGGACGGAGAGCGUCUGCGUAAAGAGCUUUCUCGUCAGCGCUGUACAGAAAUGCAUGCUUGCGUCAUGACUACAGACGCACGUCUUGCGUAAUAUAUAAUAUAUAACGUAGCAAAUCCCGAGCUAUUCAAACCACUCGUAUUCACUCCACAGGGAAAUGACUGUCCUCAUAUUUACUAUAUUUUUGCUACAAAAAAAAACCACAAACAUGGCAUUUCUGUAGACGUUUUCCUCGUUCUUUUUUUUUCCUUUUUAGAAACAGCAAUAAGUUACCUUCAUCUAUUUUUGUAAUACUUGAAAUAAUGUGCAAUUUAUGUUACGUGAGAAACAAAUUCGGCCAAUAAACAGCCAUGCGUACGUUUUAUUUCUCCAGUCAGAUGUACAGGAAAUAUUACAAAUAUUAUUGGACUGAUGAGUAAUGAAUAAACCAGAAGAAAAAGCUCCUUGUUUUCACUAUGUGCAUCUGGGAGAAAGGGAACGUCUGAACUGUGCCGAGCGUCUCUGAGGUUGUGCUCCUUGUGUGUCAACUUUGUAUUUCUGUAUCUUCACAACUCCAGUGACAACAAAAAAUCAUUCAUUUCAGUUCUGUUCAAUGUGUAGGUUUUUUUUUUACUUUGUAUGGAAAUAUAUAAAUAAAGUUUUAAAAUAUCA